AGUGAUAAUAGCCCACCAAAAAAAAGCUCACCAAAAAAUAAUAAUAGUGAUAAUAGAAACCUAUAUAUAUAAAUUCAUCUCCUUGUUUCAAAAUAAAACUUCAAAAUACAAAAACCCUAGCUGAAGAAACGAAUAAACUCGUCAAUCCCUCAAACGAAUAAAUUUCGCACUAGCCAGCCAUUUAGAUGGAGUGGAACCCUCAAACUCGUCAAUCCCUCCGCCAAUGCUUCCUCAACACUCUCUCCCCAGCGCUAGAGCCUCGCCGUGUUGCCGAAUUUCGCCUAUCAGAAGCCGCUGGCCUUACCAACUUUGGCCUUGUCAUCCUCCGCCUUGUUGCUGAACCAGACGAGAAGAUUGAGCCAUCCAUCGACGAGCAGAUCCGACUAGCUGCCGCCGUUAACUUCAAGAACCACCUCCAUGGUCAUCGGAAGACAAUCCGAAUACUGAAUCCGAGAAAGAGCAGAUCAAAACCCUAAUCGUUCCUCUCAUGCUCUCUGCAACUUCCAAAAUCCAAUCCCAAUUACAUCACAAUUACAAUCUUGAUGAUGCUAAUGCUAUUUCUUCAUUCAAUCGAAUGCUAUAUAUCAAUCCUACCCCACCCAUCUUCCAAUUCAACAAGAUAUUAAUUUCCCUUGCUAAGAUCAACAAUUACCCUACUGCUAUUUCCCUCUCUAAUCAAAUGGAAUUCAAAGGAAUUCAACCUAAUUUUCAUACUCUGAACAUCCUACUCAAUUGUUUCUGCCAACUAGCUCAACUAGAUUUUGCAUUUUCUGUAUUGGCAAAAAUUCUCAAGCUAGGUUAUCAGCCAGAUAUGAUAACAAUGACUGCACUUAUGAAAGGCAUGUGUCUUAGUGGUCAGGUUAAAGAAGCAUUGGGUUUUCAUGACGACGUUAUAUCCAAGGGGUUUAAGCUUGAUCAAGUUAGUUAUGGAAUCUUGAUUGAUGGCUUAUGUAAAAAAGGAGAAACAACAGCUGCCCUGCAGUUGCUUAGAAGGAUUGAAGAGUUAAUGGUUAAACCAAACGUGGUAAUGUACAGUAUAGUCAUUAAUAGUCUUUGCAAGGAUAAACUUGUGAGUGAUGCUUUGCAUUUAUAUUCUGAAAUGAUUGUCAAGAAUAUUUAUCCUGAUGUUGUCACUUACACUAAUUUAAUAUAUGGCCUUUGCAUUGUGUGUCAAUUCAAAGAAGCUGUUGGUUUGUUAAAUGAAAUGUUGUUGAAAAACAUCAGCCCGGAUGUUGUUACUUUUAAUAUAUUGAUUGAUGGUUUAUCUAAGGAAGGAGAGUUGAGAAAAGCUAAAAAUGUCUUGGCUAUUAUGAUAAAACAAGGUGUGAAACCAGAUGUUGUUACUUAUAAUUCUUUAAUGGAGGGGUAUUUUUUGGUUAAAGAAGUGAACAAGGCCACAUAUGUAUUCAAUACAUUUGCUCAAAGGGGAGUGAUUCCUGAUGUUGUUAGCUACAAUGUCAUGAUUAAUGGUUUAUGCAAGAAUAAAAUGGUGGAUGAAGCCAUGGAUCUCUUCAAAGAAAUGCAUUUAAAAAACAUAGCUCCUAAUACUAGAACAUACAAUUCACUUAUUGAUGGGCUUUGCAAAUCGGGGAGAAUCCCUGAUGCUUGGGAUCUUGUUGAUGAGAUGCAUGAUAGAGGCCAUCCUGCUAAUGUGAUCACCUACACUUCUAUAUUGGAUGCAUUGUGCAAAAACCAUCAGUUUGACAAGGCAAUUGAAUUAUUGGCGAAGAUCAAAGACCAACAAAUUCAGCUAAAUAUGCAUACAUACACUAUACUUGUCGAUGGACAAUGCAAAAAUGGAAGACUUAAGGAUGCACUAGUGGUUUAUCAGGAUCUUUUGAUUAAAGGCUACCAUUUAGAUGUGACGAUGUAUACUGUUAUGAUUAACGGGCUUUGUAAAGAGGGCUUGAUUGAUGAAGCAUUGUCCUUAAUGUCAAAAAUGGAAGAUAAUGGUUGCACCCCUGACGGCAUAACUUACACAACUCCUAUUGAUGCUUUGUCCAAAAAUGGAAAGAAUGAGAAGGCGAUGAAACUUUAUCGUGAAAUGAUUGCUAGAGGUCUUUUAUAAGAGUCGAACUAG